ACGCGCGCGCGAGUGUCCCGGGGCGCGCGGCGGCGCCGCUCCGCCCUUCGCAGCGCCGGGAACCGGAGCGGAGCCGGAGCGGGACCGGAGCGGAACCGGAGCGGAGCGGGAGGCGACUGCUGCUGCUGCUGCGGCUCCAUGCGGUGAGCGUGGCUCGGAGGAGGGGGGGCGCGCACGCCCGCACGGCGUGAAUCGGGGCUUUGUGUGCGGCGCCCACCUGCCCCAGCCGCCCGGGGGCUGUUGCUGCCGCCGGCGGCGGGGGAGGAGGAAGAGGAGGAGGAGGAGGAGGAAGGACGCAGGGAAGGAGCUGCUCCGGAGCUGCACCGGAGGGGAGAAGCCGCCAGCUCGGCGCAACAGGAGGAAACUUCUCCCUUCUCGCCCCCGUUGCUGCCGGAGAGCCCCGUUUGCAUGGUGCGGGGAGCAGCCCAUAUUGAAGAAGGAUAAAAAGCUCCUCAAAAAUUUGGAAGGUUGAAUGUGAUCAGCAUGAAGAGCUUAAAAGCAAAGUUCAGGAAGAGUGACACCAAUGAGUGGAAUAAGAAUGAUGAUCGGCUGCUGCAAGCGGUGGAGAAUGGGGAUCCUGAAAAAGUGGCUUCAUUGUUGGGUAAAAAGGGAGCCAGUGCCACCAAACAAGAUAGUGAGGGCAAAACUGCUUUUCACCUGGCAGCUACAAAAGGCCACGCAGAAUGCCUCAGGAUUAUGGUGACACAUGGUGCAGACGUGACAGCCCAAGAUGGUGCAGGGCACAGUGCUUUACAUCUUGCAGCAAAGAACAGCCACCCUGAUUGCAUUAAGAGGUUACUUCAGUGUAAAUGUUCAGUAGACAGCACUGACAAUUCUGGGAAAACAGCUUUACACUAUGCAGCUGCAUGUGGUUGUCUUCAGGCAGUUCAACUUCUCUGUGAACACAAAUGUCCAAUUAACGUCAAAGAUUUGGAUGGGAACAUACCUCUGCUGCUUGCAGUACAAAGUGGUCAUACAGAAGUCUGCAAAUACCUUCUGGAUCACGGAGCAGACAUCAACACCAGGGAUAAAAAUGGAAGAACUGCUUUGAUGAUGGCUUGUGAAGCUGGUAACCUUAACAUGGUGGAAGCAUUCCUUAAGAAAGGUGCAGAUGUCAGUUUAGUAGAUGUCUUUGGGCAGAAUGCCUUGCAUUACUCCAAAAUCUCUGAGAAUGCAGGGAUCCAGAAUCUCCUAUCAUCAAAGUUAUCUCAGGAUGUGGAUACAAAAUCACCAACUAAAUCAAAGCAGCAUGAUCAAGGCUCUAAAUUAAGUUCAGAAAGAAGUGGAACUCCAAAAAAACGCAAAGCCCCACCUCCUCCUAUCAGUCCUAUUCAGCUUAGUGAUUUGUCCUCUCCACGCUCAUCAACUUCAACUCCCAUGACGGGAAAAGGACAGGCUUUCUUUGCUGACCAGCAGGAAGAAUUCAGCUCCUUGCUUCGAGAUAAUAAAGACAGACUGAGUGACAGCACAACAGGUGCUGAUAGUUUAUUGGACGUGAGUUCUGAAACUGAACAGCAAGAUCUACUUAUGCUGAUGCAAGCAAAAAUUGCUUCUUUGACAUUACACAAUAAGGAGCUACAGGACAAAUUACAGGAAAGAACACCUAAAGAAGUGGAUUCUGCCAUAGAUUCUUAUCAUUCAACCCAAACAGAGUUUGAUCAAGCAGUAGAUAGACAAAAUGAAUUCUUAGCUCAGGAGCUGAAGCCUACAUUAAAAGCCACCCAAAUUCAAGAAAACUCGGCAAGCCUUAGUGAAGUAAAAAUAAAGUACCUCCAGGAAGACUUAAAGGAUGUUCAGAGGAAAUUAGAAAAUUCCGAAGCCAAAAGAAAGCACUUAGAAGCUCAGUUCCAGUCUAGAGUUCCGGAAGCAGAUCGCUUAAAUAACACAGAUAUUUCAGAAAAUGGCUCUGAUCUUAACCUGAAGUUCCAAGAAACUCAAAACAGGUAUGAGGAAACUGUGAAAGAUGUUUUGAAUGUACAGAGGCAAAUGAAACUGGGUCUCAUUUCUUCUGAAAGUGAAGAAACCAGUUCUGAGUUGAGUAGGUUGAAGGUGACGUGUGAAGAAGUUGAAGUGCUUAAGCAAGAAUUGAAGAAAGCAUUGGAGGAAAGUGAAAGACAAAAAGAGAAAGUGAGAGAGCUCCAGAAAAAGUUUGAAGAAAGAGAGCAGAAUGUGGCAAGCAAAUUGUCUGUGGAAGAAUGUGAGGAAAUAAGGAAUUCGUAUUGUUCAGUUAUUGAUAAUAUUAAUCAGGAGAAGGCACUGUUGAUUGAGAGGUACAAAGAAGGGCAAGAGGAAAUUAAAAGGCUACAGGACAAGCUGACAAAUCAGACACAGUUAGAGUCUAGUGCUGAGUCUGAAGAAAUGAAAGAUGCAAUGCACAGAAUGAUAGAUGAGCUCAACAGACAACUUAGUGAAUUGUCACAAUUGUACAAGGAGGCCCAAAUAGAGCUUGAAGAUUACAGGAAGAGAAAAACUCUGGAUGAUAUCGCUGUGGACUACAUUCCUAGAGAUGAACAUGAGAAACUGAUGCAGGUAACAAAUUCUUUGAAAUACAAAGCAGAGAAUGAAUUAUCAGAAAUGAAAUCCCAGUACACAAAAGUAUUAGAUGAAGCAGAAGAACUAAAGCAACUGUUAGACACUCAGAAACAAAACUCUUUGCCAAUUACUGAACACCAUCAGGUGAUGAACGUACUCCGAAGUACUGUAAAGGAAAUGGAGGAGGAAAUAAAUGAGCUCAAAGGACUGCUUACCAACAAGGAAAGUGAAGUAAGAAACCUACAAAAGGAAUUAUUGGAAGAAAAAGCUGCAAUUAAUGAAGCAAUGGUACCCAAGGCUACGUAUGAAAAACUCCAGUCUUCAUUAGAGGGUGAAGUUAGUGCUUUGUCAUCCAAACUGAAGGAUGUAAUCAAAGAGAAGGAAAAUGUGUCAUUAGAUGUUAUGCAGCUGAGAAAUGAAAUUUUGCAUUUGAAAGAAGAGAAAGAAGGCAUGCAUACUCUGCUUGAAGCAAAGGAACAGGAGGUGACUGGUCUUCACCAAAAGUACCAUCAAGCUCAAGAAGAUUUACUUGAAAUGAAAAGAUACUCUGAAAGCACAUCAAAACUAGAAGAGGACAAAGAUAAAAAGAUCAAUGAAAUGUCCAAGGAGGUCAGCAAAUUAAAAGAAGCAUUGAACAGCCUUUCUCAGCUUUCCUACUCAACCAGUGCCCCCAAAAGACAAAGCCAACAGCUGGAGGUGUUACAACAACAAGUGAAGCAGUUGCAAAACCAACUGACUGAAACAAAGAAACAACAUCAGGAAAUCGUGUCAGUUUACCGGAUGCAUCUUCUCUACGCUGUGCAGGGUCAAAUGGAUGAAGAUGUCCAGAAGGUGCUUAAACAAAUUUUAUCAAUGUGCAAAAGCCAAUCGCAGAAAAAGUAAACCAACAAAAAAAAAAGCAAAACUCCCCAUUUUCAUUAAUCCUGUUGUGGGUGUUUAUCUAGAUUUGCCUUAAAAUAAGAUUUAAAACAGGCAAUUUGCUGCUUUUUUGUUGUUGUGCUGUUUGUGAGGUGGAUUUAUUUGUCUGUCUCUACCACUUUCCAUGUGCAUAGACAUGUGCAGUAACUAAACACAUGCCUGCUUUUCAUAGCCAAAAUGCAAGUAUGUUCUUCAGACUUUUUACUUAGGCCACUACAUGUCAUGUUUACCUUGAAACUGCUUUCUAGCUUCCUCCCAGAGGGAGAUUAAUAUGGAGGCAAGCACUCAUGUCACCUGGGUAAAGGUGAAAUUCUCCAUGUCUCCUUUACCGGUGUAUAAGCUGCAUAUUGUUAUUGGGGAUAGGCUUAAUUGCUUGAUGUUGUAGCACUCAGAUUCAAGACAUUUUGCCAUACGCACUCUUUGGCAGAGCAGAAGCGAGCCUUGCAGCAGUGAGCAGAAGUAGGUAUUUAUGGUAAGCCAGAACGUCAAACAGCUAUACUUCUUAACUUAGUUUUAUUUUAGAUUAGCACACCAUACUGUAGCUGUCCCAGCCCAUCCAAUGCACUGAGUAAACAAAAAUCAUACCAUGCUUCAUAGUUUCCUUGAACUGCCUGCUAGUGGAAUGAAACUAUUUCAAAAGGUAAUUAGUCUAUUGAAGUUCUGUACAAAGCAGUACAGAAGGGUCUGUAGAAACAACUCAUUAUGAUAGGUUUAGCUAUCUAUGCAAGUGUUGGCCAUGAAGCUCAGGAACAAAACCAGAACAUAUACUUUAGACAAGGGAUUCUAGUGAACACAGGAUGUUUACAGUGAAUGUCAAUGCCUCAUAUUUCCUAACCUCACUUUUGUAAAGAUCUUCUCUUCAGUAUAUUUUUAUUGGCCCUCUAAUGAAUUUUUUUUGUAACUAAACCAUUUUUCUACGUAAUGUUUGCAUUAAGCUUAUUAACAAAUAUUUUUAGGUAAUCGUGUUUUAGAGAGUUCCUUUCUAUACCCCCAAGUAUUCAGUAAUAGUGAAGCAUAGAGAAGUGUUCUCAGUUUGAAAAAGAUCUGUACGGAAUAAUAGACCUGUCCAUUGGUGUGGUCCAGAGCAGUGAAGUGUAAAAUACAAUUUAGCCUGCUGUUUCAACAAAUGUAGGAAUGAGAGGUAGAGAAGAGCAAAAUGUGUCAAAAAUUUCUACAUGUUGUUUCUAGAGGCCAGGGGCAUCAAGAAAGCCUUUGUCAGCACUUUUAAAUUCAGAAGUCAAAUAAAAAUGCCUAAUGAAUGAUGUAUGGUUUAUUAUGAAGCUAUGGAAGAAUCCUUCUAAGCACACACUACACUUGAGGGUACAACCAUUUGAACUAGCUUGCAGCUUCACUAUGAUAUUUGUCUUAUUUCUGGUAGUAGAUAUGUCUCUAAUAGAGAAAUCUCCAGAGCUAUAUAAUCUGAAGUUUAUAUAGAGUCAUAAUAUGACAAGAGUCAGCAGUGCCUGAGGCUGACUGGACUCAUAGUGCACUUAUAUCGGAUAAUUCCUAACCCUGGCAAAGCUCAAAUGGAUUUUAAAAACAAACAAAUAAAACAUUCUUUUGCAUCAGUUA